UUUAUCUUUCAGAAAUGCAGUUGUUUUUAAUUUUUUUAUAUCCGACAUGAAAAUGAAUUGACUAUUUCAGUAAACAUAUGUUGUUCUAAAAUCAAAAGUGUUACAUAUACGAUCGUGUUUUUGAGUUACGCAAAAACGAUAAGAGAGAUUUCUGUUUACACUUUUGAUGCAAUCUCUAUUUCACCUGAGGCCACAAGUAACUCAUUUGCCACGUCAAACUGUAUUAUCUUCAUUAUGGCAGCUCAGGUACACGAAUUCAGCGUUGAAAUGACAUGUGAAGGAUGCUCGACUGCUGUACAGAAUGUGCUUAAGAAAAAAGCAGGUAUCGACAAUAUUAAGAUAGAUUUAGCAGAAAAAAAGGUAUCCGUGACUACUGCGCUUGGUUCAGAUGAAAUUUUGGAGACAAUCAAGAAGACAGGAAAAACAUGUCAAUUUUUAAGGACACAAAAAUGAGGAUCUAUAUGUGAUUAUGGUGCUGCUAAUAUAUCAGGCAUAUAUUGUAACAGAAAUAUUUUUUGUUAUACUUUCUCUAUUAAAAAGAAUUAUACUUUAA